CGAAUGGUCAUCAAUUAUCUCACUCUCAUUAUGCACCAAUGAAAUUUGAAAUUCAUGAUCACCCAGAUUUCAGUUUCAGCAUUUUAAAUUACGUUGUAACACCAUUCGAGCAUAAAGCUAAAAGUGACAGGUUUUUGAUAAGAGAAAAUCGGUUUUCAACAAAGAAAUUCUUAUCUCGUCGGGCAAUUUCCGUCGUUACACGGGACGGAAAAUUUUACAAGCAUGACCUUGGCAUUCGCAAAAUAUCCAUAAAGUUUGUAUGGUGUCAAAGUGUCGAAUAUUGA